UUUGACAGUGUUUAACUUUUCGAAAAUCAGACAAGUACUCACUCGUGUUUAAUUUUAGUUUUUUGUUUUACUAUAAAUUUCGCGUUCAGUUAAGCAGAAUGCUCCUGGUACUCUUGGGGAUGAUGCCACUCCUGCCGCACAUAUCCGCCUAUAACUAUUGCCACAAUGAAAGCCAUUCCUGCAUUGCGGCCAACAAGCUUCACUUCAUGUGCCGCCUGGAUGCAGAGCUGCCGCCCGUUGCCACUUACAGGGGCACCAUUCCCGACACCAAGCUGAUGCAUAGGAUAAUACUGAAGCUGAUAAACGGCUAUCGGGACAGGUUGGCCAGCGGCUUCCUGGAGACGCGCAACAAGAAAAUGUUUCCCGCUGCCAAACGAAUGCGUGAGCUCAUCUGGGACCAAGAGCUGGGCUACAUGGCCCGCAGCCAUGUCGCCACAGUGUCGUUCAAACACUCAGAGUGCCGGUCCACCCAGCGGUUUCCGAUGGCAGGCGAGGCGCUGGGUGUUGUGGGCUCCACAACCGAUAAGCGCAGCAUAUUCCAGAUAUUGAAGUUGAACUUCGAUCGGAUGUUCGAUGAACACCUAUUUGUGGAGGAUCCCGAGUCGCUCGUAUCAUACUUCGAUGCCAGCAUACACAUGGAUGCCGGGCACUUCUGUACCUUAAUUAGCGAUCGCAUUUCGCGUGUGGGCUGUGGUGUCGCUAUGGCCACAGACUGCGGUUACGAUAAGUCCAAGGGGCAUUGUCACUUCAUAACCUGCCACUUUGACUUUACCAAUAUUCACGGUUCGUAUGUGUAUAAGGAUGGAUCACCAGCCAGCGAUUGCCAGAUCUGGGGGGCGGAUCCCAGCAAGGAAUAUCAGCAUCUCUGUGGCAACGAGCAGGGAAUAUUCGAGCAGGAUCAUGGCGAUGAGGACUUGAGUAAUAAAACAAAAGUCAAGGGUGUUUAAUGCACAUAUAUUCUGUAUUCUGUAUGCUAUGAUUUUUGUUGUUGCACGAGUACCAAAGCUCAAGCGUAACAUUCGAAAUACAAUUUUUGUACAAUUCCUACGAUCCUUUUUCAAAUUGAACUAACAUUGACCAGGCCUGUUCGGUUCGAUUCGGUUCGUUUGGUUUGCGAUUUCAUUUGUGAUUUAAAUACACAUUU